AUGGGUUUUGAUGCGGAUUCAUUUAAGAAAGGUGUAGUUAGCGUCGGAAAGAAAGGAUUUAGUGGGACAAAGAAGGUCUCUAAGGCAGCAUAUAGUGCCGGCAAGGGUUCUUAUAAUAAACAUAAGGGGAAAGAUCAUUCAGAGAAAGAUGACAGAAAGGGAGAAGAGUUUGAAAGAGAACACGACUUCGAUUCAAGACAUAGCAGUUCUGCUUAUAGUUCAGAGCGUAAUACUGGUGACUAUGGAACCCACACAAUUCAAUCACAAAGCCAAUUUAAACCCACUACAUCUGCAUAUGGGCAAACCCCAUACCAACCAGGCGUGACGCCGACAUCCUCUGUGGCAAAUACAUACCAACCUGGAGUCACACCAACUCCAGUCCAGACUACUCCCUAUCAACCCGGAGUCACACCAACUCCAGUCCAGACUACUCCCUAUCAACCCGGAGUCACACCAACUCCAGUCCAGACUACUCCCUAUCAACCUGGAGUCACACCAACUCCAGUUCAAACUACCCCUUACAAACCCGGAGUUUCUCCAUACCAACCUAGUGUCCCACCUGGUGGAACUCCAAAUCCUGUAGCAACUACUACACAGCCUCCUCAGUCAUUCCAAAUAACACCAGUAGAUAUUGCUUCGUUACCUGCACCACCUAUACAUCAUAAUAGGAGUGAAAUGGUAGUACCUAAGGUGGUAGAUGAUUCUAUCCCAGAAGAGAAAGAGAUAAUAGACGAAAAUGGUAAUACCGAAAGAGCAGAACCAAUUACCGACGGUACCAAUGUUAUUGAGCCUCCUAAAAGGAAUACAACGGUUCCAGAUAAAUUGAGUAAUGGGCAGGGUAUUAACCAGGAGUUGCAUUCUAAUUUUAAGAAGAAAGUACCAUCUAAUGAUCAUCUGUGCGUUAGAUCGGAACAAAAUGAAUUAACACACGAUCCAUCACCUAUCAAAAGCCCUAUAAGGAGCCACGGGUCUAGGGUUUCACUACAUGAUCGCUCAACCCAUUCCAUCAAACAUAAUAACAAUAAUGAACCUAAAGAACUUACGGAUGGAAGAAGAUAUGAUUCUACUGAUGCUCCAAAACACAAAGAACAGGGUUUCGAUGAAAUCCCAAGAUCUAGGAGAAGAGAUGAUUAUGACGAACCACGAUCUAGAAGGGGGGACGAUUAUGACGAGCCACGAUCUAGGCGAAGAGAUGAUUAUGACGAACCACGAUCUAGAAGGGGGGACGAUUAUGACGAACCACGAUCUAGGCGAAGAGAUGAUUAUGACGAACCACGAUCUAGAAGAAGAGAUGAUUAUGAUGAUACUAGAUCAAGAAGAAUAGAAUAUCAAGAUGAUAUACCAAUAUCUAGGAGGAGAAAUGAAAAUGAUUAUGAAGAUAGACACAUUCAUAAUUCUUCAAAGAGUAGAUCACAUGAACCUAUUGAUUUCCCAAGUGGAACUCGAAAUGACGAGAGCAAUAGAGAAAGAUUUAUAGAAAAUGAGGAAGACGCACCUCCUUUACCAUCUAGGAACAGAGCUACCAGUGAAGCAAUGAUACCUCCUCCUCCCCUUGUUGCUAGAAGCAGAACUACAAGUGAAGCUCCCAAACCACUUCCAUCACCAAGAAAAAUUCAGUCAGUUACAUCUAUGAACAAAUCUAGUUUUGAAUCAAUUCCCUCAAGACCACACUCUAUUUCACAAACUAGAGGACCCCCACCGGUUGUACCAAAAAGCCGUAGAAAUACAAUUCGUUCUGACGAUAAUAAUGUAGCGGCAAAUCAAAUUACAAAUGUUAAACUCGAUAAUCAGGAAACUCUGGAGGAUAAAAACGUUAAGAACCAUAUUUUACCAAAUGCUAAACUCGUGAAUGAACUAGCUAAUAUGAAUUUAAAAAAUAACGAAUCAAAGUCUGAUCCGGUAAAGCUUUCUACUAAAAAAACAUCACCACCUCAAGUACCAAAGAAAAAAGAAUCCCUGAAGGGCAAGUCACCAAUGAUUCCAAAGAAGAAGGUUGGACUAAUGUCUGGCUCCAACAGUAUUAGUAACGAGCUAAUUAACAGGGGAUCCCAUAACGAUAUUAAUGAAAGUGAAAUAAAUGACAAUGAAGAAAACAUGAGCCCAUUAGAAAGAUAUAAGAGGAAUCUUGUUAAAAAUAAUGCUUAA